AUGGCCUCUGAAGUACUUUCAUCAAUUCAUACCAAUUAUUUGGUGCCUUUUGCACUUCAUGUUAAUGCGACUGCUCUUCGGAGUAAAACGUUGGCUCCUUUUUUCAAAGGUGCUACCGUUAAUACAAUUUUAUUAAUGACUGCAAGUUUCUACGUAAGUCCUCGACAAAAUGAGCCACCAAUGGUUCCUUAUUGGAUUCCAUUUAUUGGUUCUGCCGUAACUAUGGGUAUAGAUCCUAUUAAAUUUUAUAGAGACAAACAGAAAGAGUACGGAAAUUAUUAUACGUACAUUUUAUUUGGUAGAAGAAUGGUUACUUGUCUAGGUGCUGAUGGAAAUAAUUUAGUUUUUAAUGCAAAACUUGCUGAUGCUUCUGCUGAAGAAGCUUAUAAAUCGUUAACUGUUCCUGUAUUUGGAACGGCUGGUCUUUCGCUAGAAAAUUUGCGUGCUUAUGUUCCAAUGAUAGAGAUGGAAACUAAAAAUUAUCUCUCUCGAUGGAAUAAGAAAUCUGAUAUUCAAGAUGUUCAUAAAGCAAUGGCAGAAUUAAUUAUUUUAACUGCUUCUCGAUGUUUAUUGGGUGAUGAAGUUCGUUCAAAAGUAGAUGAAUCAUGCAAGUAUUAA